GGAAGGCAGGAUUCAGGCUUCCAGUGACAACCGAAACAGCAAUGUGGGGAACUAGUCCAGGGAAGAGCGAAUCAAACAUAUGGAUUAAACAUACACUUUGGCUCAAUUGAUUGUACUUGUAUCCACGGCGCCGCCAUUCAUUCAAGAAAUCGACGAAUUCUUGCAUUUAUUUGAUUUCACAUAUCCUUCUUUUUUCACUCAUUAACGUGCGCUAAAGUAGCGCAUAUUUAAGGUAGCAGUCCACUUCAGCAAAUAGGCAGAGCAUCUGCUCGUAAAUCGGCCUUUAUGACCAGAUACAUUGCUACUAUGCAUGUGAUAAUAUAUAUGUAAAAAUCGGAUUGACUGUUUUGCUGAAGACUUUCUUUGGUUGGCUUCAAGGCAUCUCACACCAGCAAUGUGCUCUGAAAUACUGGGUUCCUGAUGCCCAGUUUGAACUGACCUGUAGUCUUCUGACACCAAAAGAGAGAGAUUUUCAGUGUACGUAAAACCAUCUACUCGAGUGAAAAGGGAUCAUGUCUUCCAGAGAGCGACGUUCCGACCUGUACAUAAAGGCUGAACCCAGCAGUCCCGAGGGAGGAGGAGGUGUUGGUGGGAGGACCAGCCCGGGAGGGGCCUCCUCAGACUCCUCACAAAGUGGAGGAGGCGGAUCCAGAGGAGAAGGCACUGGACGCUACUCCCCGCCACUGUACACACCCGCACUACGAUGCCAUUUUAAGGAGGAGGGUGCAGAUGGAGUCGAGGAGGGCUCUACAGGUAGCGGGGGUGGUCGCUGCAAGUAUGCCCUAACUACACUUCCCAAAAGGCUAUGCCUGGUGUGUGGAGAUGUGGCUUCCGGGUACCACUAUGGAGUGGCUUCCUGUGAAGCCUGUAAGGCUUUCUUCAAAAGAACCAUACAGGGCAAUAUUGAGUACAGCUGUCCAGCCUCCAAUGAAUGCGAAAUCACCAAGCGCCGCAGGAAAGCUUGUCAGGCAUGCCGCUUCACCAAGUGCCUCAAAGUAGGCAUGCUCAAAGAAGGAGUUCGUCUGGACCGGGUCAGAGGCGGCCGGCAGAAAUACAAGAGACGUCCAGAGGUGGAGAAUGCCACGUACCAGAGUGCACCAGUACCAUUAAGGAAGGAGGGAGAGAAAGGUUCAUCCAGCAUUAUUGUGUCUCAUCUGUUGGUGGCGGAGCCAGAAAAGCUGUUUGCUAUGCCAGACCCCCUACAGCCUGACACGGCCCAGCGCACGCUCACCACUCUCUGUGACCUGGCUGACCGGGAACUAGUUGUCAUCAUCGGCUGGGCCAAGCACAUUCCUGGCUUCCUCUCCCUGUCCCUGGCAGACCAGAUGUCUGUGCUGCAGUCGGUGUGGCUGGAGGUGCUGGUGUUGGGGGUGGCUUACCGUUCUCUUGGUUGUGAGGAUGAGGUGGUGUUUGCAGAGGACUUUGUGCUGGAUGAGGAGAUGUCUCGUGUGGCUGGCCUGACUGAACUCAAUGCCGCCAUCAGCCAGCUUGCGCGGCGCUUCAGGGCCCUGCAGUUGGACCGUGAGGAGUUCGUCAUGCUGAAGGCCAUUGCACUUACCAACUCAGAUUCAGUCUACAUUGAGGACAUGGAAGCUGUGCAGAAAUUGAGGGACCUUCUACACCAAGCUCUUCUGGAGCUGGAGGUCCAGCGACGCCCUGAUGAUCCCCAGCGUGCCGGACGUCUCCUUCUCACUCUGCCCCUCCUCAGGCAGACUGCCGGCCGGGCCCUCACCACCUUCUACAGCAUCAAGACCCGCGGUGGGGUGCCAAUGCACAAGCUCUUCUUGGAGAUGCUUGAGGCCAUGAUGGACUCACCCUAGAGAAGAGAAGAAACUCCGAUAGAUGAAUGAAUGAAUGAAUGAAUGAGAGAGAAAGGAUGAAGAAAAUGGGCAAAAGAUAGCCCAAAAUCUGUUUUUGUGGAGAAAAAAAAGGGCUAAUAAAGCCAAAAGAGAAAUUUUUUUGAAUACGAAGAAUAUGAAGUCACUUUGUGUAAUUGUAGCUGUCCUCUAAUAAAUUGAGAUACUCCUUAGGAAUGGUCUUUCACAAAAAAUUCUCCUCUUCAUUAGGUUUUACUAUCAAAAUAUUCAAUAGGUACCAUUUCACGCAAACUUAAAAGAAAACAUUUGGGUCAGUUCAGAUAAAGAUAAUAUUUCUAUCAGUGUUAGGGGAACCACUGACAAUGUGUAAUUCAUUCUCUCACUUCAUGGCCAUCCUCUUUCUUCAAGAUACAGUAAGUGUUUAUAGAAUUUAACCAUUACUGUAAACUCAGAGAAAUUCACGUGCCAAGAGCGCCUACUGAGACUGCAGCAAUAUGAACUCUUCACGGGAUCACAAGAACAGUUGAUUCAGUGAUAUCGCUGUGAUAUCUCCCAUCUUUACUUAUUGGCCACUGAAACAAUCUGUGAGACAUGCGCAAAACAGCGUGUCUGAAACCACAGCACUACAAGUUACAAUAAUUAAUACAGUAAGCUUUCAUUUCCACCUCAAAAUGUGCAUAAAAGGCACUUAUGUACAGUUAUUAAUGUCUUUAUUAUGCACUCGCCAUACUACAAGUGCUAUUUAACUUGGUCCCACUACAAAAGCUUUUUUUCUUGGUUUAAUAUGCAAAACUGAUGAACAUAAGUGAAGACCUACAGGAGCGAUUACACAAACUACUCUUUUAGUUUACUGCUGGUACUACAAGCAAAUAUACUGCAACAUUUAAUAUUAUGGAAAGCAAUAUUAAAGAUUUCAUAUCAUUAAUUUGAUGUCAGCCAUUUAAAAAAUGUCUGCACUGAGCUGGCCUGCCAUGUCCUGCUUGGAAGCGCAAUUUAGUAGUGGUGUAGUCUCAUUGCAAAGACAAUUUUAUUUAAAAAAAAGGACAUUGCGUUAGGAUUGUAGAGAAUGGUUUUCAUACUACACCUUCGUUCUUUGUUGAUUUGCCAGUUGUUCCAAUAGAUUAUCCAUCUUCAGUUUUAGAUGUGGAUUGUGUGAAUGAGAGAUUAUGGGUACAUAAAAUGCAAAGUGCAUAUGCUGAGCUGAACUGAACCGACGAUUUUGCAUCUAAAUCAGGGUAAAUGAGGAGUCUUUAGCUCUUGUAGGUCAGCUAGCUCAAGCUACUACUGUACUUUUUGCUGUUUUGCUGUGAGUGUUUUGCAUUUGGUUCCAAUUUAGAAGACUCUGUGGGACCUCUUCGCAUCGAUGAUGUCCUCAAUUCUUCAGAUGACAAUAUGACACUGGCCUGCUAGUGACAGAUUGAGCCAUCACUGUUGGAGUCACUCAGCUCAAAUGCAUUCUGGAACAUUUCAAGGGACUGAAAGACAAUUUCAUUUACUCCUCGGUGAGAAGAAAAUAUUCCGUACUCUAAUCCUCCAUUUAUACCUGGAUGCAGCAGGACGACCUCUGUCGGUUCGUUUAAACCAGGAGGUUUUAAGUCUGUGUGAUAUUCAUACUGAAAGCUUCUGCGUCUCAGAGCAACAUUUAAUUCAAAUUGGAAAGCCUCGCUAUAAGCGGUCAACCUGAGCCCUCAGUUUGAGACUUUUUUUUUUUUUUUUUUUUGGUUCUUUAAAGAUGGUUGUUGUUUUUACUGCUUUGUGUGGUCUGUUCGUUGCUGUUGGUUUGCAGACAGUUAUCUGGUAUUAUAUGCAAUCAUACUCCAUUCAGAGUGCUGCAACUCCGCUACCUUUUAUUUAUUAUACACGUUUAAAAAACAGGAGGAAAGCCAGUUGCCUCUUUGGCCUCUUACCACAUUAAGUACAGAAAUGAAAACCAAUGUUCUACAGAGUUGGACCUCUGAGGUGACGCCACAUCUUCAGGGUGAUUUUUCACUGCAUACUGUUAGCAGCAAUGAUUGUAUGUGCACGUCAGCUAAUAGCAAAUAUACGUCAGCAUCAGGCCACAGAUAAAAUCGCAUUCUGAACUGAAAAGAACAAUCCAAGGUUGAUCUCUAUUUAAAAAUACUUUCAGCUCAAGAUUAGGAUAAAUCUGGGUCUGCAGAUUAUUACUCAAAAAAAAUUUUUAAGGCCUUUAGAAUAUUUUUUGAAUUGGUUAAUAUCUAUUUCUGGCUGAAUUUUAUUUUUAUUUUCCAUAUAUCCACCAUGAAGCUUGGCCUCAGGUUUGGUGUUGAAAUAAAGCAAUCCAUUUGGGAGAAUCUUAUGAAAUGUCUGUUUUGUACUGAAUUAUUUUUAGAUUUCCUUUCUCUUUUUGUGAUUUACAUACUAACUUUGCCAGUAGAAGUUAUAUUUCUCUCUCUUUGCAAAAAUGUUCUUGCAAUAUUGCAGAUUUAAUGUACUAAAACAAACACAGUGUUACAGAAGACUGCAAAACAUUCUCAUUUUUUCUUUCCUUUUUCUUUCUUUCUUUUACAAACAUACCACCAAGUCUGUCUGUUAAGAGAACUUUGGCAAUCUUCAAUAUAUUCAGUUUAAUUUUCAAUUCAAUUUAU